CUACGUAAUCUCUUUUCGUAUAUUCAUCGUGUGACAGAAGUUCGGUAGCGAUCGCAAAAAACAUGAUCGCGAAAUAUCGAUCGCCGGAGGAAAUUGAAUAAAAGUACAUUCUUUUUAACUUCAGCAUCCUUAAUAGUCUAUUAUACUUUUUUUCGCGCUGUUUUCGCCUCGCUAAUACAUAGAAAUGUAUAUUUCAAAGUAAGUUAGUUUUACGGUUGAAUGAUUCCUUGAAACGAGCGAACAUUCGUUUAAUGCCGUUUUCAAGUUUUUUGCUUAUUUCAAACGCUGUUGUCCUGCUGAGUCAUUCAGGAUACUGCAAAUGCGUUAAACCAACCUUGUGUUCAAUCCUCUCACACGUAGAAUGUACUUGGGUUUAGUUUUUAAGGCUGUUAUAGAGUUGUUUUUUGGAAGGAGAUAGAAAACACCUUCAAACAAGUUUGAAAAGUUUUGAAUUUGAUUUAGUUGAUCAAACAUUUCAAUGUUUAUGUUUAUAUCUGAAUGGUAAAGUUUAUAUAAACGAGAAGCGGGAAAUAAGAAAGCGAGUUGUUUUUAAGCGUGAUAUUCACACAAAUUUAAUCAACUUUCAAGAACGAGAAAAAUUUUCGGGAGAAGGUAAACAUGGAAAAGGACAAAACGUAGAUGCAAGAUUUAAAAGGAAAAAGAUCAAGAAAUGGUGGAGAAUUUUCUGCUAGUUUUACUCAUAACUGCUCUUGUGGAUGGCGAUACAAUCAAGAAGGCGAAAGAACGAAAGAAAAUAUAUGAUGUUUCGAAAGAAAAAAGUCAGAACUUUAACCUACCGAUAAUUGAUGUGGUAAAAAAACACGGUAAAACAAAAGAUGAGGUUUAUGAUGAAAAUUUGUUCGAACUGUCAAAGCAAUUCACAGGCGUUGACCAAUCAAGAAUUAUGGACGGGUUUAAAUUUUCUCCAGAUUUAGUGGACUAUAUCAAGACGCACUCCUACUUAGAGGUUUUAUGGUGUUUUAAACUUUACAAGGAAAUGACAUUUUACAAAACCUUUGAGAAAAUCCUCUCCUUGGAACCCAUGAAUAAGUUCACCAUAUUCAGUGCAACAGGCUCAAAACCAUGGCCUUCUGGGAAAAAUCCUAGACACGUGGUUUGUGACGCAAUUUCAAAGCAGCCUGUAACAAGUGGACUUUAUGAGAAAUAUUUGGUACCUGCGCGCUGUAAAGCGUUACAUGUGACUACAGAAGCAUACCAUAGUGUGCUUAAAUUCUUUAAUAUCAAACAGUUAGCCACAAGGUUGGAAUUCGCGCUGGCUUUAGAUAUUCAAGUUGUCAUUGAUCGAAUCAAACCGAAAAUAAAAACAGCUCUAGUGAAAAAACUUAAUGCUAUAUCGUUCGAAUUAAUUAUUGAGCGAGAAAAUCGAGCAAACGGUAACCAUGGGAACAUUCCGCAACUGCAUAGCUCCAUUUUGAAAUUAAUUUCAGACUCGUAUCGUAUUCCCCAUCAUGCAUUGGAAGCUUUGUUAAAUUAUUAUUCAGAAGCUCCGCGAAAAAUUGCAGUAUUAAAUGAAGCAUCGUUUCGAAGCGUUUGCCAUUUUACGAAAGUAGCGAAAUCGUAUAACGUGUCGUUUGGUGAAAUUUACGCAAAAAUGGACGCUGCAAUGAGUGAUUUGUAUCGAAUGCUGAAAAUGCCGUUAAUAUUAGCUCUCGAUAAAAAUCACAUACAACAUAGCAUAGUAAACAAAACACUUCUUAGUAUAAUGAUCAUCAUUGCCCGCGAACCGGGUGGGGUUAUUAUGUCCUACUAUGGCAUGCCGGACGAAGUGCGAUCGUUUAUCGAGAAAACACGCAUGUCGAAAUUCCAUAUUAUUAUGUCGCAAAGUAAAAUAAGACUCGAGCAUUUAUCGAUUGAUUUCUUCGUUAAUUUGUUACGCAAACAAACCGUGGCAUCGAUAAAGGACGGAAAUUUACGUCACGACCCGGAAGAAAUUAACGCGGCAUAUAUAUCGUCAGUUAAGAAAAUUAUCACAAAAUCAACUUUGGUUGAUUUUCAAAGGAUUUAUCAAAAAUCGUGGCCGCUCGAGAAACUUAAGGAUGUUUCCUUGUUGGAUCUUGCGAUUAUACAAGGUUUAACGGGAAAUGAAUUUCUUCAAGUGUACGGUAUGGAUGGCAAGAACAUCACGGAGGUGACUCUGUUCACAAAGUACACGUUUGGCAUGUUGCAAACUUAUGAAGAAAAGGAUAUUUUUGGCUAUACUUUAAAAGAACUUGGAGAACUAGUAAAGAAAGAAAUCAACCAGAUCGUAAAAACGCAUCCAGUAGAAUUUUCAACGAUGGAAUCCUCUAAUAAAAAUGCGAGUAGCAUUCGAAUGCUACCGAAUAAUUCACCACCGGAAGUUGAUGCCGCGUCCAUCAAUCGCCGAUCUGGUCCACCGCCAGCUUUGGUAAUUACGCCAGUUGCACUGUGUUUCGUUGGAACUGUUUGGGGACUAAUUGCAUGGAUUUACCACGCAAGAAAGAAAGCGCGACAGUCUGCGUGGUAAAUAAUGGAUUCGAAGAAUGAACCACAAAAUACGUGAAGGCUACGCCGCAUAUAAAAGUAGAGAGCAAUUUUUUCCGUCUAAUUUUGUGGAAAAAAAUUGAAUUCACGAAGUUUCGCUAAAAAAUUCAAAAUUUCAUGUAAGUGGGGUUCUAUUUACGCUGUGCCCAUGAUGUUAGUUUCGGAAGCUAAGAGGGAGUUACGAAACCAGCAAGGAUCCAUUUGUAGGGUUGGCUCAACUAUUGCCAUGAAAUUAUCUCGUGUUUAUAAAGCACAAAACUAAACAAGAUGUAUACAGCCGCUGUAAAUAUAUUUUACAUUUUUUUAAUUUUGUAAACAUUUUUUUAUAGACAUACGCUUUUUAUUAACUUUUAAGUAUCAUAUAUGUUAAGAGUAUAUUCUCAGAAAGAGCUUUUUUACUUCAUCAUUUGUUGUGAAAGAAAUAUUGUGAAGAAAAUACAAUU